AUGCAUAAAAAUUUCCAGUUGGCGCGCAACUACUCCUUGUUUGAAGCUAUCGAAAGAAGAAUUAAUAACUAUUUCGAAAGAUCAGACAUUAUUUCUUCUCAAGAGAGAAAAGUCGGAGUUGUCAGACAAGAAAAGUCGGAAAUAUUGGUUGAAAUGGAAAAACUUUGGUAUGUAGCUGAAAGGCGUACACAAUCACUAUUACAAAUGAGGCACUCGUGUAAUGUACGUGGGGCAUUAGAAUUUAUUCGCGCACAGAUUACUGAGCCAAAUGACAAGUCCUUGGUGCUUUUGUCUCGGGAUGAAGAUUUUACCAAAAACUUAAAGAAAGCGUGUGAAGAUAAUUUUCUUCGGUAUGAUGAUGUUCGAAGAAGUUUAGGUGGUCUCUACUAUACUGCAUCAAAAUCCUUCCAUGGACAUGAAAACGAAAUUAUUAUUGAUUCACGAACCUGGAUAUCAAAUGAGGUUUUCUUACUCGGCGUGAUAUUUCGACAUACAAAAUUUCGUUCUCAUAUUGCGAUACAGAUGGCAAACUGGUUGAAUAUCUUUAUAAG